CUGCGCAGACUCGUCGCACGUCGCUGUCAGGGCCAGGCAGAUCGGCAGUAUGGCGGCGGGAUACAGCUACAGGAAGGAUGCUACCGUCGCCCGUGAUGUGUCUCCCGCCGGCAGGACCUAAAUGGAAUAUUGACGGAAAAACCAAAGGAUUUAACCAGAGAGCCCUGUCGCCUUGAACUCCAAGAUGACCCGGCUUGCUGACUACUUCGUUGUGGUCGGCUACGACCUCGAUAAACGAGGGGGCGCUGAGGGACAGGGUUGUAUUGUCCAGCGCUUUCCUGAGAAGGAUUGGGAGGACAACCCUUUCCCACAAGGGGUUGAGCUGUUCUGCCAACCCAACGGAUGGCAGCUGGUGCCCCAGCGACUGCCCCCCUCCUUCUUCGUGGCGGUUCUGACCGACAUCAACUCCGAGCGCCACUACUGCGCGUGCUUCACCUUCUGGGAGGAGCUGGACCACCCGCCUAAGGUGGCGGAGGCCAGCGAGGUGGAUGAAGACGAGGUUUCCUCCUCAGCGGCGGCCGUCCCGCCGGCUCAGCUCUACGGCCCGAAGAGUCUGGUGCUGGUGUCCCAACUGGACCACACCGAGGUCUUCAGGAACUGUCUCGGGCUGAUCUACACGGUCCACUCGGACAAGCUCACCGCGCCCCUGGAGACGGUGAUCGGGAACCUGCUCAGCUGUGUCAUCCCCAUCGCAGGGGGCUCGCAGAUAAUUGAGUCCCCAGUUUGUAGUUUAGACUUGGGUCCUCAUGCCCAGGCCUGUGACUGGCUGCUGGGCAACUGCCUCCAGCGGGGCCAGGAAGAGGAGGAGGAGAGUUUUUUGAGGACCAUUACGUUGGGUGCGGGCGAUCGGCAGGUGAUCCAGACGCCCAUCGACGACGCGCUCCCCGUCAGUGGAAGCAGCGUGGCGCAGCUCUUCAGACAGCUGGGCAUCGUGAACGUCCUCUACCUGUUCUGCGCCGCGCUCACGGAACACAAGAUCCUCUUCCUGUCCAGCAGCUACCAGCGUCUGACGGACGCCUGCCGCGGCCUGCUGGCCAUCAUGUUCCCGCUCAAAUACAGCUUCACCUACGUCCCCAUCCUCCCGGGCAAACUGCUCGAGGUGCUCAGCACCCCCACGCCCUUCAUCAUCGGGGUCAACUCCUUCUUCCGCUCCGAGACACAAGAGCUGCUGGACGUGAUCAUCGCGGACCUGGACGGGGGCACGGUGACCAUCCCAGAAUGUGUGCACAUCUCUCUGCUCCCAGAGCCCCUCCUUCAGCAGACCAUGACGGCCCUCUCCAUGGUGUUGGACCCAGAGCUGGAGUUGGCCGACCAUGCCUUCCCCCCGGCCUCCAUCCAGCCCUCCGCCCUCAAGAUCCAAGAUAAGGAAAUCCGCGGGGUCUUCCUCUGGCUGUUCGCCCGGCUCUUCCAGGGGUACCGCUGGUGUUUACACAUAAUCCGCAUCCACCCGGAGCCCGUGAUCCGCUUCCACAAGGCGGCGUUCCUGGGCCAGAGGGCGCUGUCGGAGGACGACUUCCUGAUGAAGGUCCUGGACGGUAUGGCGUUCGCCGGGUUCGUCUCGGAGCGCGGACCGCCCUACCGGGUCACCGACCUGUUUGACGUUCUCGUAGCCAAUCAGGUGGAACGCAUUCGGCAGGAGGAGGCGUGUCCGCAGAAGGUCAUGAACCACGUCAAGGAGCUGGCUGAGCAGCUCUUCAAGAACGAGAACCCUUACCCUGCGGUGGCCAUGCACCACAAGGUGCAGCGGCCGUCGGAGGGGCAUGGGCAGCACGCGCCCAGGAACCCGGCCCCCUUCCCCCUGCUGGACGACGUGACCGUGCAGCUCUUCGUGGACCACGCCGCCUCAAAGCAGCGCUCCGCACCCCCCGCCGUCAAGGCCGAGGUCAAGGCCAUGGUGCCCUCCGGACCCCCGCUGGGGGACGUGGUCGAUCGUCACGGCAGCGUGCUGGCCAAUAGCGCGAGGCGCCUGGAGGUGGUCAGGAACUGCAUCACGUACAUCUUCGAGAACAAGAUGCUGGAAGCCAAGAAGCUGAUGCCGGCGGUACUGCGUGCGCUGAAGGGCCGUGCGGCACGGGUCUGCCUCACCCAGGAGCUGAACCAACACGUCCUGCAGAACCGGGCCGUUCUAGACGACCAGCAGUUCGACUACAUCGUCCGCAUGAUGAACUGCACCUUACAGGACUGCUCCCACAUGGACGAACACGGUAUUGCAGCCGCCCUCCUGCCGCUGGUCACUGCCUUCUGUCGGAAACUGGGGUCGGGGAUCACCCAGUUUGCGUACAGCUGCGUGCAGGAGCACAUGGUGUGGACCAACAUGCAGUUCUGGGAGGCCAUGUUCUACAGCGACGUGCAGAACCACAUCCGGGCGUUGUACCUGGAGGGAGAGGAGGGCACGCCAGAGCCCAGCUCGGCGGGCGGAGGGCAGGAGGUCAGCGCCCUGGACCUGGCCUCGGAGCAGAACCGGCUGUGGCCCACGCUCACCAAGGACAUGCAGUCUGAGCGCGUGCAGAAGGAGGAGAGCACGGUGUUCAGCCAGGCCAUCCACUACGCCAACCGCAUGAGCUACCUGCUGCUGCCGCUGGACACCAGCAAGAACCGGCUGCUGAGGACGGGCGGCCUGGGAGACGUGGAGAGUGUCAGCAACAGCUACGUCACCAACAGCAUCGCGGGCAGCAUGGCGGAGAGCUACGACACGGAGAGCGGCUUCGAGGACGCCGAGACGUCGGACGUGGCCAACUCGGUGGUGCGCUUCAUCAACCGCUUCGUGGACAAGGUGUGCAACGAGAGCGGCGUCACCAACGAACACCUGAAGGCCCUGCACACCAUGAUCCCAGAUAUCGUCCAGAUGCACAUCGAGACGCUGGACGCGGUGCACAGGGAGAGCAAGCGCCUGCCCCCGAUCCAAAAGCCCAAGCUGCUGAGGCCUGCGCUGCUGGCGGGGGAGGAGCUGGUGAUGGAGGGCAUGCGCGUGCACCUGAUCUCUGACGGCCGGGAGGAGGCCACGGGCUGCAUGGGGGGCCCCGCCCUGCUGCCCGCCGAGGGGGCCGUCUUCCUCACCACCUACCGCCUCAUCUUCAAGGGCACUCCCACCGACCCACUGGUGGGCGAGCAGAUUGUGACCCGGUCGUUCCCCAUCGCCUCGCUCACCAAGGAGAAGAGGAUCUCCGUCAGCCUGCCGCUGGACCAGUACAUCCAGGAGGGCCUGCAGCUGCGCUCCUGCACCUUCCAGCUGAUGAAGAUCGCGUUCGACGAGGAGGUGGCGUCGGACCUGGCGGAGGUCUUCAGGAAGCACGUUCACAAGCUGCGCUACCCGCAGCACGUCCAGGCCACCUUUGCCUUCACCGUGGGCCAGGCCGCCAAGAUGGUGGUGGAGCACAAGUCCAAGGACAAGAACCAGUCGCUCAAGACGCUCUCCAAGCACCUGGUGAAGACGGCCAAGAGGACCAUCGGCCGGCAGUACGUGACCCGCAAGAAGUACGCCCCCCCCACCUGGGAGAACCGCAGCAGCCUGCAGUCAGAGCUGGACGAGGACGAGAUCUCAGUGUCGGAGGAGAUGGACCAGACCUCCCUCACCCUCUCCUCCACCAUGCGCUCGUCGGACCGCCAGACCAUGAGCAACGUGGUGGAGCGCGCCUGUUGCCGUGACUACCAGCGCAUGGGCCUGGGCACGCUGAGCAACAGCCUGACGCGCUCAAAAAACGAGCCCUUCCGCAUCUCCACCGUCAACCGCAUGUACACCGUCUGCAGGAGCUACCCCGGGCUGCUCAUCGUCCCCCAGAGCAUCCCUGACUCCACGCUGCAGAGGAUCUGCCGCUGCUACCGCCAGAACCGCUUCCCCGUGGUGUGCUGGAGGAACUCCCGGACCAAGGCCGUGCUGCUGCGCUCGGCCGGCUUCCACGCCAAGGGCGUGGUGGGCUUCUUCAAGUCCCCCAACGCCACGUCCUCAGUGCCCUCCCAGGCCGACUCGUCCAGCCUGGAGCAGGAGAAGUACCUGCAGGCCAUCAUCACCUCCAUGCCCUCCUACGGCGAGACCCCCGGACGCAACACCCUCAGCGGCUUCAUCUCCCCCCACAUGAGAAGCUCGGACUCCUCAGACAAGCUCCGUCAGCCUAAGAUCGGAGCUCUGAUGAAGCAGGUGAUGGGGUCCAAGGAGGAGCUGCCCGGCACCUUCAGUCGAGGAGCUCUGGGUCAAAGGGCGAGGGUCAUCUCCCUUUCUCAGCCCAAAAUGUCAGUCAAGUCCAGGAGCUCUCCUCGAGGCAAGUGGGGCAGCAUCCGUGGCAGCGGCCGUCUGAGCGCCUACAACGCCGACGUGGGGAACCGGCUGGCGGGCAAGGAGUCGCCGCACCUCAACGGCGCCGCCGGCGACGCCCUGUUCCUGCGCCAGCCCCGCGCCUACCUCUACAUCAUCGGGGACAAGGGACCACUCAAGCAGGGGGUGAAGCAGGACCCGCUGCAGCAGUGGGAGGUGAUCCCCAGCGAGGUGUGUGAUGUGCGGCAGGUGAAGAACAGCUUCAAGAAGCUGAUGAAGGCAUGUGUGCCCAGCUCCGUCAGCGCCGACGCCGCCCUCAGCUUCCACCACUGCCUGCAGGACUCGGAGUGGAUGAGCCUGCUCAACAAGGUGCUGCAGGUGUCCGUCCUGGUGGUGGAGCUGCUGGAUAAAGGCUCCUCAGUGAUGGUGAGCCUGGAGGACGGCUGGGAUGUCACCACACAGGUGGUGUCCCUGGUGCAGCUGCUGUCGGACCCGUACUACCGCACCUUCGACGGCUUCCGGCUCCUGGUGGAGAAGGAGUGGCUGUCGUUCGGCCACCGCUUCAGCCACCGGGGGGCCCAGACGCUGGCCUCCCAGAGCAGCGGCUUCACCCCCGUCUUCCUGCAGUUCCUCGACUGCGUGCACCAGAUCCACCUGCAGUUCCCCAUGGAGUUUGAGUUCAGCCAGUACUACCUGAAGUUCCUCGCCUACCACUACGUCUCCAACCGCUUCAGGACCUUCCUGCUCGACUCGGACUACGAACGCAUCGAACUAGGGGUGCUGUAUGAGGAGAAGGGGGAGAGGAAGGCCCCCCAGGUGUGUAAGUCCGUGUGGGACUACAUCGACCGGCUCAACAAGAAGACCCCCGUCUUCUACAACUACAUGUUCUCCCCCGAGGAUGAGGAGGUACUCCGGCCCUACAGCCACAUCUCCAACAUGAAGCUGUGGGACUUCUACACGGAGGAGACCCUCUCGGAGGGGCCCUCCUUCGACUGGGAGCUGGGGCGGAGCCGACCGGAGCGGCCGGCCGAGGAGCCGGCGGCGGCGGACAGCAGCGGGCCCACGUCCCAGCGCCAGAUCGUCUGGCCCUGCUACCACAGCCGCAGCAAGCUGCUGCCCGACGCCAUCACCAAGCUGCUGCAGGACCUCCAGAGCCUUGAGGCGGAGCUGGGCCAGACGUCGGAGAAGUGGAAGGACACCUGGGACAAGAUGAAGAACGCGCAGAGGGGCGAGGCCAAGCUGGAGAGCAAGCCCUCGUUCUCCAGCUCCCUCUUCAUGACCUCCAACCCGGGGCACCAGCGGCGGUCCCACGGCGUGGUGAUGCAGGAGGGGGGCGUGGGUCUGGACGGCCAGCCCAGCCCCACCUCCACCCCGGCCGCCGGCCGGCCCAGCGCCAGCACCAGCGCCCUCUACUCCCAGUUCCAGAGCACCGAGAGCGACAACCGGAGCUUUGAGGGCAUCCUGUUCAAGAGGGGUGCGCUGCUGAAACCAUGGAAACCACGCUGGUUCGUCCUGGACAAGACCAAGCACCAGCUGCGUUACUACGACAGCCGGCAGGACAAGGAGUGCAAAGGAGUGAUCGAGCUGGGAGAGGUGGAGUCCGUCAUACCGGGAACGCCCACCAUGGGGGCGCCCAAGAACAUUGAGGAGAAGGCCUUCUUUGACCUCAAGACGACCAAACGCGUGUACAACUUCUGCGCCCAGGACAGCCUGAACGCACAGCUGUGGAUGGACAGCGUGCAGAGCUGUCUGUCGGACGCCUGAGGCAGGAAGGGGCGGGACUUACGCCCUCCAACCAGAAAGGACCGAAACGGAGCACGCUCAGAGAUGCCGCGGGGGACAGCCUGACGGACAGCUCGGCCCGGCCAAUCCCAGGUCCAGCUGGGACCCUUGGGGGAGUGGCCUUUUUUGUCCCUUUGUUUAGCUGGGUUCAAGUGUUUGCCAGAGUCGGACUAAUGAUGUCACGUCAUAGUGUUUAAAACUUUUUUUUCAUAUAAAAUAACAAAAAAGAAAUCAACAAAAAUAAAAUAAAGUCGUCAUCCCCCGCCCCCCCCCCACUUCCUGCCGCCCGACAAACAACGGAAAAAUGCAGCAUGGCAACCAUCUCGCACUCUGCUGUUGCCAGGGUGACCCUACGGCUGCGCGCGUGCAAGCAUGGCGACCAAUCACGAGCCUCCAAGCCCUCCUCUACUAUAAACUCCACCCCUUAGGGACUGCGACCCAACAACCCGUCAUUCCACCGGAGGUUUGGAUGACAUACUUCCUGUCGGGGGAGACGCUGAGUGACAGAACUGACCCCCCACCCCCCCUCGGCUACGGCCUCUCACUGCCUGACGGACGGCUGAUCGGGCCAAUAGGAGGCCUUGCUUACCGAUUAUGAAGGAUUCACCUUUUUAUCCCCGUCUUCAUCCUCCUCCUCCCCGCUCCGUUGGUGACUCAUGCUGCCAUACUGUGAAAGCCAUCGCAGCGCCCCCCGGUGGUCCGAAGUGGGAGUGUUCCCGUUGGAGAUGGUCGUUGGUUCUCAUCUCAGACUGUUUACUGAACACACGCACCCACACGGAUCGACGUCGUUCAAAACCACUAUUAACGAUUUCACUUUUAACAUUCACGGAAUUCCUUUUUUAUCGAAAAGGACCAAGGGCAGGGAAACUUUAUUUUGAUUGAGACCAACGAUUACAGGUGAGCGAUUCCAGACUGAUGUGAGGGAUUAAGGGGCGCUGUACAGAGAGUGGAAUUGUCGAAUUUAUCGGAGGGAAUUUUCCAUGUUGUGCGCCGAUGCCCGAAGUUUUAUUUUUUAAGGUGCGUCGGAUUCUCAUUCCAACCGAUGGCGACGGUCGGGCGACUUGGAGAACAAACGCAGCAAAUGAUUCAGCAAGUUUAUGAUUCACUCGUUUUUUUUAACACCGCCAGUGGAAUUCAGAGCGUUUGCCAUUAAUCUAUUUAUCUAGAAUAGAUGAAUCGUCAUCGAAAAAUAACCUUGAACAGCAAAUGUGUUGCAGUCGACGUAGAGCUAGCUAAAAUCAACGGUUAACGCUUCAGCAACUUCCGAACAUCGUGAUCGCUCUCCAGUUCGGCUUCAGUCCGCGUAGGUCGGCUAGUUUUAUUUUUCUCUUGGAGGUCUUUUAAAUCCUGUCCUAUCCGGUUUUGAGAAAUUAUUUUGAAUCUUGAUUUUUUUUUUUUAUAUUGCCACUGAUCUUUUAUUUUUUAUCGGAAACAGUUGAAGACACCAUCACGCACACACACACACACACAUGUACAUGGGACACAGGCUCACCACCCUCAUCCACACCUGCUAUGUAAAAUAUGGUUCUACUGCUGUCUCGUUGAAUAUAAAAUUUGAAUUGUAGAUUUUUUUUGUGUCUAAUAACUCCCUUGUAUAUACUACUCCAGAUUUGUAUGUAACGUUAUGGUAGUAAUUUAUUUAACUUUUGUCCUACAGUAGAAUUCCGCAAGUACCACUUUUAUUUUGAAAAUUAGGAAUCCAAUGUGCCAUUUUGUUUAUUUCUGUAUUAAUGUGACUAAUGCUACUACUUUUUUUUAAGAAAAGGAAAAAAGUACCAGUAAACCCACAACGUCUUUCGGUUUUUUUUAACAACGUUUGUCCAUUUUCAUUUUCGAUGUCGACCCAUUCGUUAAGAGUGGACCUAUAGUGUAUUAGUGGUUAAAAGUCUCUAAAACUUGGCUUAAUCAUUUUUUUUUUAAGGCAGGUUCAACUUGUAGUUUGUAUCUUAACUGUGCUGGUGGUCUCAAUAAAAACAAACGACAUGUUGCCUUUCAGCGGACCGUUCUGGUGAUUUGGGUUCCGGUUGUUCUGAACUCCCGCGUCAUUCAGAGUGACGCAGACUCCGCCGCAUAUUGCAGUGUUGUUUUUUUAACAUGGUUACAUGUACUGUGAUGCUAGUGUCCUCCAUCAAUCAAAAGUAUUGGUAUAUUAAAAACAUUUCAGUGGAAAAAUAAAAUGACAGAAUCCAAAGUCAAGAUGUUCAAUUAAAAUGCAUAAUGUGCAAUAAAUUACUUUUGUCUUGAUUGA